CACUCGGUAGUGUUGGUUCGAUUAAUUCCUAAUUUAACUUCCAGGGUUUGACAUUCUUUACCAUUAUGAAGAAUUUCUUUGGUCUGAUAUUGUUAGUCUUCGUGUUUGCCGCUUCCAGUAAAGCUGAUUCGUCAGAUGACAGAUCGUGUGUUUAUGGAUAUAACACGUACACAUACGGGCAGACAUUCAUGGACAGCGAAGGAAGACAAUGCAGGUGCACGCAAGACUACACGAUCGUGUGUGACACCAAGGAAUAUUGUGAGUACUUGGGUCAGAUGUACAAAUUGGGCGUGGUUUUCCCCACGGGUGACGGAUGUAACAAAUGCGAGUGUCGCGGGGAUGGGUCCGUGAAGUGUACCUCAGAUCCCUGCUACCCAGGUUGCAGACAUCUUGGUCUGACGUACAAAAUUGGUGACGUGUUUCCGGCUGGAGACGAUUGUAACCAAUGCACAUGUCUAUCGUCAGGGAAGACCAAGUGUACCCAAAAGAAGUGCCACCCAGAUUGUGUAUAUGGUGACCAGCAGUAUCCCGCCGGUACCGUGUUUCCACUGGGCGAUGGUUGCAAUAGAUGUACGUGCAUGGUCACUGGGGACGUUCGUUGUACCAAGGAUUCUUGUGAGCCAAAAUGUGAAUUUAAAGGAAAGGUUUACGAGGCAGGGAGCACGUUCAGAAAAGGAGACGGAUGUAAUAAGUGCGCAUGCCUGACAGGAGGGAUUGUACAAUGUACAUCUGACGUCUGUUAUCCAGACUGUGUUUACUUGGGAGAAUACUAUACCAGAGGUGAAGUGUUUGACAAGGGAGAAAACUGCAACACCUGUGAAUGCAUGGCUGAUGGAACCGUUCAGUGCUCAGACGAUUCAUGUUUUCCGGACUGUUACUAUGGUGGACGUGUAUACAAAGCCGGUAAUACCUUCUCACCUGAUGAAUGCAAUACCUGUUGGUGCAUGGUGACAGGAAAAAUCAGUUGUUCAGAGUUUUCCUGCUAUCCAGACUGUACCUACAAGGGAGCAGUAUACAAAUCAGGAAAGUUCUUCCCCAAGGGAGAUAAAUGCAACACGUGUAUCUGUUCUAAGACAGGAAAGAUCAGAUGUACCGAUACCUCCUGUAGUGGCAAAUACGUCACUAAGAAACUUCGGAAAAGCUACAACAGUAAGUACAUUGUAUCAGUUGUGUGGAGCACUCCUGCUCCCGUGUGUACGGAUGGAUUUCAGACGUAUAUACAAGGACAAACAUUCACAGACAAGGCGGGAAGGCAAUGCACGUGCGCGUAUGAUUAUAGAAUAACCUGCAAAGAGGUCAUCAAAGAAUGUCAGUACCUAGGAAAGAAGUACAGCGUGGGUGUGACGUUCCCUGCUGAUGACGGAUGCAACACAUGUCGAUGUACGUCAUCUGGUGACGUAAGAUGCACGAGAAAUCAGUGUUACCCAGAUCGAACGUGCCAGCAUUUAGGCGUCACUUAUAAGGCGGGGGAGACGUUCCAGCGAGGAGAUAGCUGCAACACGUGCACCUGCCUAGUAACGGGAAAAACUCAAUGCACGGAAAACAAGUGCUUCCCUGAUUGUCACUACGGAGGCAAAACAUAUAAAGCUGGAACCGUGUUUGCAAAGGGAGAUAAAUGUAACAGAUGCACGUGCAUGGUGACUGGGUCUGUUGUUUGCACAUCGGAUUCGUGUGCUCCCAAAUGUGAGCACAACGGUAAACAAUACGAGGCGGGGACAAACUUCCGGAAAGGAGACGGCUGCAAUAAAUGCACGUGCCUGCAGGGUGGAAUAGUACAAUGUACCAACACUAAAUGUUACCCAGAUUGUACUUAUCACGCACAAGGCUACAUGAGAGGUGAAACAUUUGAUAAGGGAGACUACUGCAACACCUGUAAAUGUAUGUUUGAUGGAACCGUCACGUGCUCAGAAAAAUCGUGCUUCGCAGACUGCCAUUACAAUGGAGUGGUUUACAAAGCUGGACAGAGCUUCAAACCGGACAAGUGUAGAACGUGCUGGUGUAUGGUUACUGGAAAGAUCAGCUGCUCCGAAAGUGCUUGUCAUCCAGACUGUACAUACAUGGGGAAAUCACACAAACACGGAGAUACAUUCCCAAAGGGCGAUAACUGCAACACCUGUACAUGCACGGUGACUGGUGACGUCACAUGUGGUCAAAAGUCAUGCCUGCCUGUGUAUGCCCCACCCACGACAACACGAAAAUACAAAGCAGAAGUAGUUGCGCCAAAAUGUCUGUAUAAUAGCAGUUUUUACAACGUUGGAGAUUUCACAACAUCCAUGGAUGGUUGUAACACGUGUGUGUGCCAGACUGAUGGUGCCAUGAAAUGUACAAAUAAACAGUGCAGCGACGAUGAUAGAAAGUAAUGCACCUGUGCCACUGCAAUCCAAGAGAAAAGAAUUCCACUGAAAUGAAUUUCCUGUGAUAAUUUAUGUUUCUUACCUUAAUUCAUUUAAGUUAUGUCUAUCUGUACAUUAUUCAUCUUCACUGACUGCGCAUGCGUGUACGUUUUUUCUUCCAAUAAAUAAUGGAGACUACA